AUGUCGAUCUUCAGGUUGGUUACGGUGAACACCACGCCGGAGCGAGCAAAGCGCCUGAUCGGGCGUGUGGCGGAGGGUGUCAAGGAUCGCUACACCAUAGUGCACGCGGCUAACGCUGAUAACAUCGACGAUGUGAAGCCUACCUUGGAGCGAGAGCAGCCAGAUGUGCUCUUCACAGCAUCGAUGUGGACACCAGAACAAGCACAAGAGAUUGUGACAAUUGCGAAGCAAACUGUGCCAGGAAUCAAGACGUUCAGUAUUCCUUAUGGGUUGCAUAAUGAGAGAGGACCAGAUGCGAUCGUAGAGUUUAUCACAGAGAAUUUGCCCAAUAUUCUCGGACCUGGCACGCGUUCGGGAUUGUAA